GCAUACUGCAUUAGUUGGUGCCUAAAAUACGCGUUAUUAGUGUUAUUACUUAUUACAGUAUCCGCCGGUGUGGCGUCUUUCGACCGAUUUGUUUUGAUUUCACCCAUCCACUGUCCAUGGAUCAAAGGAAAUACGUUAUUUGUGAAAUAUUUCCAUUAUAAAAUAUAAAAGGUUCGCAAUUUUAAAUCGUGAUCGGUUUAUUUCAGUAUCGUCCAUUGGUUCGAUCGCAGUUUUGUAUUUUUGACCGAAUACCUAUUGUACUUACAAUAAGAUGGACUUGCAAUCUGCCAUGGCAAAACUAUCCACUGGAAGUACAACGUCUGCUCAUUCUUCAAAAGUAGCCAAGUUGUAUGAAAUCUUUAUGAAAUGGUGUUCAAAAAACAACUUAAAACCACAAUAUAAAAUAACCGGUAGUAUACAAGAUCAAAAUGUAAAAUUUGAAAUAAGAGUACCAAAUUACACCUAUAUAGGUGUUGGAACUGCAGAAAAUGAAAAUAUUGCUCGAAAAAAAGCGUUAGAAGAUAUUGUAUUAUAUUUAGCACGUCAAAAUGAAAUUCCAACUAUUCCAAAGAAAAAAAAUAAAAUAAAGAACGAUGACUCUAAAAUAGUUUCAACUAAAAUUAAAAAGUUAAAUAGUUUGGAGUCAGUCGUUUGUGGUAAUUGGACAGUAGAUACCGCUUACGAGAGAUUAAAAGAAUUUGUUAAAUCUAAUGAUAAAGCAAAUAUCAAAGUAAAUAUUGAAACUAUUGGAAGGAAUUUUGUUGUUUGUAUGUCAAUAUUUAUUGAAAAACUGAAUGAAACUAUCUCUAUACGUGAAACCGGAAAAUCAAAGAAAACAGUUAUGCAACAAUGUGAAGUUACUUUAGUCAAUAAUUUAUGUACAUUAGGGUUAAUUGAACGUUACUCAGGUGAUCAAGUGAAAAAAGAUAGACUAAAUUGUAUCCAUAAUUCAUUUAAUGUUGACAAUGUUAAUAAAAAACUGGUGAAGGAUAUAUAUAGUUUGUUAGAAGAUCUUAAUAUUAAACCAAUAAUUGAUAAAAACCAAGAUUAUGCCGAUAUUUCAAAUAAAACAGCAUUGCUUCUUGACAAAGUUAUUGAACCAUUUAAACCAUUAAAUCAAUUUAAUGCUUCUAAAGUAGUACUAUGGUGUCCUCCGGCGUCAAAUUGGAAUCCGUGGUUAGCUGUUAAGAUUUAUAAUCCCAAACCUUUAUCUGAGAUAAGUUAUAAAAUGAAAAAAGAUUUUGAUGAAAAAAAACAACAUUCAAUUACAUUUCAAAAAAGGAUAAAAGACCGAUCUAAUUUGCCAGUAUUUAAAAAAAAGGAUACCAUUUUGAAUAUAAUUAGAAACAAUGCUGUAGUUAUUGUACGUGGUGGGACUGGUUGUGGAAAAACCACUCAGGUUUGUCAAUUCAUACUUGAAGAGUUUAUUCACACAAAUAAAGGAGCGUAUUGUAAUAUUGUCUGCACUCAACCAAGAAAGGUAUCUGCAAUUUCUAUUGCAAACCGAGUGAGUUUUGAAAGAGCUGAAGCUAUUGGAAAAAGUGUUGGAUAUACAGUUAGAUUUGAUAGUAUAGUACCACAGUCUUUUGGAGCAAUUCUAUUCUGUACAGUUGAAAUUUUGAUACGGAAAUUAAAGACUGGAUUGUUUGGUAUAACACAUGUUAUUGUGGAUGAGAUACAUGAACGGCGUGCUAGCUGUGAACUUUUGUUGAUUAUUCUGAAGGACAUGGUGCAAAAAUAUCAAGAUCUUAAAGUUAUUCUUAUGUCUGCAAAUGCUAAUUUAAAUAUAUUCAGUAAAUAUUUUAACAACUGUCCAGUUAUUGAUGUGGAAGGAAAUUGCUAUCCUGUAAAAGAUUUUUUUUUAGAAGAUAUUGUUGAAAUGAUAAACUAUACGCCGUCUUUAGAAGAAAUCAAGAGCACUAAGAAAAAAAGUAAAGACAACUUAGUUAAUUGUAAUUUAUUAGUUCCUGAUAAUUAUCCUAGAAAAGUUAGAGAAGUAGUUGCAAAGAUCAGUGAAGAUAGUCAACAUUUUAAAAUUAUUGAAUUGCUGUUAAAACAUAUUGAAAAUAACUUAAAAACAAAAGGUGCUGUAUUAAUAUUUUUACCUGGAUGGGCUUGGAUUUCAGAACUCGAUAAUUAUUUACAACAGAACGAAAUGAUUGCUCAAAACUGUUCCAUUUUGCUUCUUCAUUCAUCACUAUCUCAUGCACAACAACAUAAAGUAUUUAAACCUGUUCCACCUGGAAAGCGUAAAGUUAUUUUGUCUACAAAUAUUGCUGAAACAUCAAUUACUAUUGAUGAUGUUGUGUUUGUUAUUGAUUAUGGAAAAUCUAAGAUAGUAAGAUGUAUUAAUAAUGUAAUUAAAUUUGAGACAGUUUGGGCAUCAAAAGUAAAUGUGGUACAAAGAAGAGGACGUGCUGGUCGUGUUCAAGAGGGUAUCUGUUUUAAUUUAUACACAAAGGAACGAUACAACAAAAUGGAUGAUAAUAUAUUGCCAGAACUAAACCAUUGUUCUUUGAACAAAAUUGGAUUAACUAUAAAAUUGUUGAAUUUGGGUGAUAUUUAUACAUUUUUGAAAAAAGCUAUUGAUCCACCUCCUGCUAAAUCUGUAUAUCAUGUUAUUGAUACGCUGAAAGAAAUGAAAUGCCUUGAUGUGAAUGGAAACCUCACAGCACUUGGAUUUAUUUUGGCAGACUUGCCUGUAGAACCACAGCUUGGGCGAAUGAUGAUUUUGGGUAAUAUACUAUUGCUUGGUGAAUCAUUAAGUAUAAUAGCCGCUGGUUCUUCAACUAAUUAUGAUUUAUUCUUGGGUGAUAAUGGCCAAAACACUGCAAAGCAUUAUUAUUCUGGCAAUCGUUGUUCAGAUCAGUUGGCUUUUUUAAAUGCAUUUAUGCAGUGUGAAUCAACAUAUCAUGGUCAUUAUACAAAUGACAUUGGUGAUUUUGGAGAAAAUGGGUUAUCUACAUCUGUAUUAAAAGCAACAUACAAUAUAAAAGAACAAAUAAUAAAUAAGUUCUUGAAGUUUGGUUUUCCUAAAUGUUGUUUUGAAUCAAAACAUUUUGAUUUUGGUAAAACUGCAAACUCUGAUGAGCCACAGUUAGAUAUGGUAUCGGCACUCCUUGUAAUAGCAUUUUAUCCUAAUAUUUAUGUUCAUAAGGAAAAGCGUAAGGUAAAUUUAAAGUCUCAGAAUUUUGCUGUUGUUUGUAAAUCUUCUGUAAAUAGUCCUGUAGUGGGAUCAAGUGAUCGAUUUCAGUUACUUUUUGUAUUUGAACAACAAGUAAGUGUAAUGUGUAUGAACACAAGUAUGGUGAGUCCUAUACACAUUUUAUUAUUUGGUGCUCAUAAAGUUGAUUAUACCGAUGGUUGUAUUGUAUUGGAUGAUUGGAUAUAUCUAAGAAUGGAUGUUAAAGUUGCGGCUGCAAUUGUUGCUUUGCGACCAGCGAUUGAAGAUUUAAUUAUGAGAACUGUUGAAGAUCCACAACUGAUUUUAAAACCCACUAUAAUUGAUAUUAAGCUAAUCAAAAUUUUGAGAGAUUUAUGUAAUUUUAACCCAGGAAGAAAUUUAACCCUUAUAACUUUUGAUACUAGUGAGGAUAGUAAGGAUAAAAACAAGAAUAAUGAGACUAAACAAAAAUGA